UGAAAAAGUUGAAAUCUGAAAUGAAGGUUUAGCAAUUGUCAUCGGAACCACCCAAACUCGCCAUGGCACCGCCGACCACCGACAGAUUAAGCCCUCUACCGGACCCACUCCUCUUCCAUAUACUCUCAUUCCUCCCAACCAGAACCUCCGUGGCAACAACGAGUCUCAUCUCUCGCAGGUGGCGAAAUCUCUGGCAGAAUCUACAAGCCUUCGAAUUCUCCGACGACUCAUACGAAGACGGCAACUGGCCAAUAAUGUUCAGAAGGUUUGCAUUCUUCGUCAACGCCGUGCUCUCCCUCCGUCGGUCCCGUGAUAUUAAAAGGUUUCGUCUCACCAGCGGCAUGGUGGAUGAUGACUGGUUUCGUAGCGACUGCUUCGACGUAUGGGUUCGUGCUGCCAUUGGGCCUCAACUUGAAGAACUGUUUGUUUCCCUUGAAUACUGCGAUGAAGACCGGCAAGUACUGGUUCCUUCUUCUCUCCUGAAUUGCACCAAUCUCGUUUCCCUCAGUCUUGUUGGUGCAAUUCAUAUAAUGUUUCAACCUUCUUCAAUUCAUCUUCCAUCAUUGAAGAUGUUGAAACUCGGCGCAGGCGUUGUGGAAUUCGACAUAGGCAACACUGUGGAAUUCAACAACAUAGACACUGUGGAUUCAUUACUUGUCUUUCUCUCUGGCUGCCCCGUACUCGAAACUCUAGAUCGUGUCUUUUGUGCUAGUUUCUUGGCCAAUGUUCCUAUGUCACCUUUCUUCAAGAGGUUGAAAUUAACCGGCGUAAAUUUCUCUUGGACUUGUGUUCAAAUAGAUUCUGACUGGCUCUGUGUAGACGACAGUCGUACCACGGGCAAAACCACAUUGGGCAUCAUUGGAAACUUGCAGAGUGUGGAGGAAGCAUAUUUUGAUGUCUUUUCCCUCCGUGGAAGAGAAUUUAUGGACCCUGUGCUCAGACACCUCCGAGAUAAUGGUGAUAUACAUCUACUUAUGCGUCAUUUCACAUCAAAGUGGCCACUUCGCACCCCCGUUCUAAAUUAUCCAGAAUUUUGCAAUUUACAUCAUCUAAAGUUCAUUCUUCCCUGCUUCAACAUGAGUCUUCUGCUCAACGUGCUUGAGAAAUGCCAUAUGCUUCAAGUUCUCUUAAUUCAGAGUAGCAAGGAGGAACCAUCACUUUUAAGAACAUGGGAGCCAAAGUCAACAACAGUUCCUAAAUGUUUCAAAUCCCACCUGACCUUUAUUCACAUAGAAGGAUAUCAAGGAUUUGAAGAUGAGCUGGCAUUUGCUGAAUAUGUUUUGCAGAACGGACUUGUUUUACACACAAUGCUCGUUUUUUUCGAUACAUCAAUGGACCUAACUAACAAGAACUGUUCUAUCAGAAGAUUAACUGAUAUACCAAGGGGCUCUGUCACAUGCCAACUUAAAUUUGAUUCAGCUGUGUCUCCAUAAGUGUGCAUUUGGAAUGUCGAUGUCUGAGGCUGGCCGAAUCUUUAUUGAUCAGAUGCUUGGGGCUUCAUUCACAGAUGACAUUGAGUGAGAGAAAACAUAUGCUUCAUUCAAAAGAUGACAUUGAGAACAAAUAUAUAAAUAUGUAUUUGACAUUUCAGUUAGUAUGUUUUCUGGUUCGCUAUCAAUGACUACAACUCAAUAAUGUCACAACUCAACAUCAACUCCGAUAAUAGAUAUAAAUCUGUCAAAUGUAUCUGUGACUUAUUAUAUAGUUGGAAUCUUUUUAUCUUUCAAAA